AUGGCAAGUCACCACGAGCCAAAGCUGCUCUACACGAUCAACGGCAUCAAAGCCUACCAUAUCCAGGAUGGCGAAGAGCACGCGCUCACGCCUAGCGGCCCACAGACGCUCAGUCUAUUGAUGGUGCCAACCCACUCGCCCUACUCAGAACUAAGCUCCACAAUACCCCAAAACGACGCUCCAGACGAGGACUUCUACCUCCACCUCAACCUUCCCCCCGAGCUCGACCUCCCCAUGCCAGCCACCACCCAAAUCUACCACCAACCCCCCACAAGCUACCUCAUCCCCCGCUGGGAUCUCGGUCCCGACUCCGGAGCCUUCACCCGCAUCGAGUUCCCACGCGUAGGCUACGGAACAACCCAAGAAGACGUCGACACCUUCGAGACCAUCCUAGCCCAAUGCACCGCCUUCCUCGAGCGCGCCAAACCACCCUUGCCCGGCCGUCCAGGCGAGAAAGGAGGAUACAACCCCUCCGACUACGCAACAGGCGGUAGAUACGCCUCGGACGGCAAAGCCGGCGGCCAAAUCGUCCUAGUUGACGAAGACGACGGCUCCGUCGUCGGCGAACUAGGCGGCGACGCCAAGAUCUUCGAGGACCCGAAACUCCGCCACGGCCACAAAGACCCUGUCGAAGUCCAAGUCAGCGAGGACGGGAAACGCAUCGAAGUCCGGCCCGUCAGCGAAGAGUACCUCCGUCUCGCCCGCCACCCGGCGUACAAAGAUAGCGGACUUGUACAAUCCUCCGCCACGGCAUCCCGGUUAAUCGUAACGGGCAGCUCCUACAUCGGAAACAUGCUCACGUCCGGCGCGGACAACUUCACGCAAAAGACCAAACCCGUCGCCAAACCCCUCGAAUUCAAAGAAGCGACGCAUGCCCGCGUCCGCAAAAUCAACAAUUUCACCCAAGGCGCCGCCGGCAUGUCGGCCAAGACCGUCGGGUCGUUGACGGAUAUUGCGCAGAAUUUCGCCGCGGGCGUGGCCGGGCAUAAGAAGGAGAGGGGCAAGAAGGGGUACGAUCCCCAGGGUAACCCAUUGCCGGAGGAGCAGUAUAAACCCGGUUUGCUGAAUAAGAGUAUGAUUGCCUUCUCCACCAUCGCGGACGGGAUCGCGUAUUCGGGGAAGAACCUCCUGACUUCUUCCGGCGCGGCGGCGAGUACGGUGGUUGGACAUCGGUAUGGGGACGAAGCGGGGAGUAUCGCGGCGCAGCUGGCGGGUGGGGUGAAGAAUGUCGGGUUGGUUUAUAUUGACGUUACCGGGGUGAGUCGACGGGCGGUCAUUAAGUCGGUGGCUAAGGGGAUGGUGGUUGGGAAGGUUAGAGGCGGGGGGCAGGUUGUUGUGGGUGGGGGGGAUGGGGGGGAAGUUACUGAGGAGGAGAGGAGGAGGAUGGGUGGGGAUGGGAAUGAGAAGCAGAGUGCCGGGCCUUCAGGAGGUGGGUAUACGCCUUCUGGGGGGCAGUAUAAACCUGUUGGGUCGGCGGGGUAUGCUGCGGAUGCUGGCGGGGUGCCGCCGCCGCAGUAUCAGGAGUAUGGGCGGGAGAAGAGGUGA